GGAUGAAAGUUUAUAGUUGAGUUUUCACACCCCCACCUCGCAGAUAUCCGUGGCCCGGUGCUCCUGUGUUUCCAGUUGUUUUCAAAUCCAAUCACCAACAAAGAGACUCUCAGCAACGGUCUGAUUUCAAGGUGAAAAUAGUGACUGAUGCACAACUGACGCGGCGGCUACCAGAUAUAAAGGAGAUACUCUUCACAUCUUGCUGGAAAAAAGCGGAGAGUUUGAACACUUUUUCUUUUUAAGGACAGAAAAGGAGAGUUAAAAUGGUGUCGGCCGGACUGGAGAUCGUGGGGCUUUCCAUGUGCGUUAUUGGCUCGCUCCUAGUCAUGGUUGCGUGCGGGCUUCCCAUGUGGAAGGUGACAGCUUUCAUCGAGGCCAACAUCGUGGUGGCGCAGACCAUCUGGGACGGCCUGUGGAUGACGUGCGUGGUGCAAAGCACCGGCCAGAUGCAGUGCAAGGUGCACGACUCCGUCCUAGCCCUCACCCACGAUUUACAGGCGGCCAGAGCGCUCACCGUCAUCUCCGCGGUGCUGGGGGUGCUGGGUCUCAUGGUGGUGAUCGCGGGGGCACAGUGCACCAAUUGCCUCCGCACAGAGUACGUGAAAGCUCGUGUGGUGAACGCCGGAGGGAUCAUCUACAUCAUCAGUGGCCUGUUUGUGCUGGUUCCUCUAUGCUGGAUGGCCAACAACAUCAUUUCGGACUUCUAUAACCCGCAGGUGCCUUCAUCCAAAAAGAGGGAGAUCGGCGCUGCGCUCUACAUCGGCUGGGCGGCCACUGCGCUGCUGCUCAUCGGAGGAACGCUUCUGUGCUGCUCCUGUCCGUCCAGCGGGAACACGGGAUACUCUGUGAAAUAUGCACCAACCAAGAGAGCCUCGCAGAACGGGGACUAUGACAAGAGGAAUUAUGUGUAGCUGCGCGCUUUGCUUGGUGCGGACGGUGCGUAAAAGUGACUUGCCGCUUUCAAAACUGUUUUUUUUCUUCUUUUUUACACGGACUUUGUUUUUGCACCUCCAACGUUUUUAUGUAAAAAUUGAACUUUGAAGCAUCUCUGAUCCUUGGACCAUAUUUUUACACACUUUUUGGGUCUCCUGGAGUUGCGCGUUUGUUGUUUUUUUCUGUUCCGUUGUUAUUAUAAGACUAUUAGCUAAAAGUGGCAACUUACCGCAAAAAAAGUAUCUUUGUUUGGUGCCAGCUUUUGUAAAUUGUCAGAAAUAAUUCGUUUUGGAUUUAUUAACUCCCCCCACGACCCGUUUUGAUUCAGUCUCUUAAAGGAAAAUGCAGCGUUCUUUGUCCUCAGUGCAUUGUCAGCACAUUGCUGUACAGUAGCAGGCCAGUUUGUUUUUGUUAAUGGUAAGAGCAUUUUCUCAUUUAAAAACCAAUCAUCUUAAAAAACAAAACAAAAGCAACAUCAAAAAUAUGAGUGUUUUAUUUUUUUAUCUAUUGCUUUAAUGAUUUUAUUUGGUCAUUUAAGCUUUUCCCCCGUUCCUUUUCCCCCUUUCAGAGGGACAGAUUUCUUAACAUUGGAUUGAUAUCCUGUGCAUAUUUACAAUAUUUCAAA